GGCAUCAGUCUCCCAGAAAAGACUAAAUGAAGACUACCGGAAAGAGAAAGACACCGGCUGAGAGCAAAUGGCUAACGCCAGUGACUAGUUAGCUAACACAGGCUGCUAAAUUAAGGGACAUUAAAUGCAGCACCUAGCUUGUGUAAAUCCUCUGUAAUCGCCUCUCGUUGGCUCUGAGGGAUACAGACAUCACGCAGUCAUCGGUGGGAGGUUAUAGCUCAUAGCCUGGAUAUAGACGAACACACACUCAUACACAGCAUCCUGCUCUGACGCUGAAUCCAGGAUAAAAACUGCAUCUGAGUGACAAUGAACAUGGAUUUACAAGUUGUCAUAGAGCAGAUGGAGACGGGAGAUCAGGACGUAGCUCUGGCGGCGCUGCAAAGCUUCAACAAAGAGAUGAACCAGUGCUUUACAUUCAGCAGAGGAGAAGAGCAGGACAGACAGCAUCUCGGGGAAUUGGUGGUCAGUUUUCUGAACAGGGAGCUGCAGCCUUCCUGUCUGCUGGCCUGUCUAGAAACUGUUCGGAUCCUGUCCAGAGACAAAGAUUGUCUGGAUCCAUUCAUUAGCAUAUCAGCUAUGUCCACUCUUGCUCGCUAUGCUGGUAUCGCCAUGGAUGGUACUGCCACACCUGCCCACAGUCAGCUGGAGGAGAACCAAGCAGAGGGUGAAGGUGGAGAGUGCGGAGAUGCAGCAGAAGUAUCCGGGUCUGUGGUGAAGGAGUCCUCCCCUUCAGAGAACCCUGAUCAAGAAGUAAUUGUCGAAGCUCUGAAGUCCAUUUGUAACAUUCUGCUUCACAGCCAGACAGGACAGGUGGUGGCAGCAGAACUGCAGCUGAUCAAAGGAGUGGCUGAGAGACUGAAGCAGUGUCAUGAUCCCACAUGGAGCCACGAGAUCCGUUUCUUUGAUUUGCGUCUGACCUUCCUGCUGACUGCGCUCAGAGUAGACGUUAGGGCUCAGCUGGCUCAGGAGCUGCAUGGCAUCUGUCUCCUUGGAAACCAGUUGGACGCCACCCUUGGUCUCUCUUGGCCUGACUCCCUGGAGACAGCAAGAGCAGGGUCUGAAGACAUCCCACCUGAAGAGCUCCCCCCCCUCAGCCGGGAGCAGACGGAGCUAGCCAUGGAAAUACUCAAAAUACUCUUCAACAUCACUUUUGACACACACAAACGCAAAGUUGAUGAGGAGGAGGCAGCAGAGUGCAGACAUUUGGGUGCCAUACUGAGACACUGUUUAGUGAGCUGUGCCGAUGGAGAGGAGCGCACUGAGGAGUUUCACAGUCACACUGUGAAUUUGCUGGGCAAUCUCCCUAUGCCUUGUCUGGAUGUACUGCUGAUGCCAAAGGUGCAACAAGGCUCCAUUGAGUACAUGGGGGUCAACAUGGAUGCCGUCAACAUGCUGCUAGAGUUCAUGGAAAAACGACUUGACCGAGGUCAUAAGCUGAAGGAGACUCUUCUCCCAUCACUGAACUUGCUGACUGAGAGUGCUCGCAUCCAUCGAGAGACCAGAAAGUUCCUCAGGUCGAAAGUGCUUCCCCCCCUCCGAGAUGUGACAAACAGGCCAGAGGUGGGAGAUGCACUGAGGAACAAAAUUGUCCGUCUUAUGACACACAUCGACACCGACGUCAAAGACUGUGCUGCUGAAUUCCUUUUUAUUCUGUGCAAAGAAAGCGUUUCAAGGUUUAUUAAGUACACUGGAUACGGUAACGCUGCAGGUCUGCUUGCUGCCAGAGGACUGCUCAGAGGAGGCAGAGACUCUGGGAUCUACUCUGAAGAUGAAGACUCCGAGACAGAGGAGUAUAGACAGGCGAAGGCCCACAUAAACCCGGUUACAGGAGUUGUAGAAGAGGAUCAGCCUAAUCCCAUGGAGGGAAUGACAGAGGAGCAAAAGGAGUAUGAAGCUAUGAAGCUGGUCAGAAUGUUUGACAAACUGUCAAGAAACAAUAUAAUCCAGCCCAUGCAGCUCAGUUUGGAUGGGAGGAUGAGAGAGAUGACUCCGGAGGAUCUGCAUAAACUAUCCCACAACCCACUGUCCCAGUCAGAUGAGCCAGCUAAUUCUGGUGAUGAAGAUGAACCUUAGUUACACAGGAGUGACAGCAGACCCUAGACAAUCUGUCUCAUUGUUUUAGAUAUUCACAUGUUACACACAUCAUCUUGUUUACUGUAUUUAUUCUGAUGGUAGGUGACAUACAAAGAUUUGGGAAAACAUGGCAAACAGGGAGGCAGCCUUUCCAUACUUUAAACCACAGAUUAUCAAUCCAUUUCCAAAGAGCACCAUCACUAGGAAUCUACAGACUGAAACCUGCACAUCUGUGAGGAAUCCUUUAAUUUACAGGUUUUGCAGCAGUACUGCUGUCCACACAACUUUUCCAGUAAAGGUCUUGUUUAUUUUAGCAACACAAACCACAUUCUGCACAUAUUACAGGCUGUUACACAUGCAGACCCAAAGUAUCACAGAGCAAAUUUUCUUUCUCUCUGCUGGUCUUCUCAACCCCCAAACCCUUACAGAGAUGUUAGAAGAUAAGACGAUGCAGCACCGUGGGAAACACACACCUGUCUAACCUGUUUUAAUAGUAUUGCUGGUAUUAGGUUCUAAAUGGCCAGAUAUUUAUAAAAAAACAUGCAACUUCUCAGUUUCAAUAUUUCAUAUGAUGGAUGAACAAAUUAUCAGUAUGGCUUUUUUCUUUAAAAAACUAUUUGUCAGUGACUCCACUCUGUGCAGGGUAUGUGUGUAUACUUACUGUUCUUUUUUAUAUAUAUACUUACUCUUCUACAUAAAGCAGGUAUAGAAACCAAAAACUGAAUGAAUGAAUAUGGCAGAAUACGUCUCUGACAUCCUUCGCUGAACAGAAAUGACCAUGGCCCUCAUGCUGAUCAGUCUUUGCUCCAAACUGGUUUAGAAACCUGAACUUCAAACAUACCAUGAAAAUUGAAUGUAGUUCAGUUUAAUUUAUUAUGGAGGCCCAUGUGUUUUGAGAGCAGAGGUAAAUUAGGUUGUUCUGAAAAUAAAAUUAGAAAUCUACAUUAGUAUGAUGAACAUCAGACCUGCUAACAGCAGAAAAGCUCUGUCUUCACCGUGGACGUGUUUCUGUGUCCUAUUAGUGGAUAAAAUUUGUGGAAGCAUUAAUGAAUAUUGUACUAUUCAUGAUGAGACAGUUUUUACUCUUUAUUAAUCGAGUAGCUGCUGUCCAGCUGUUGAUGUUGGAAUCUGCUUUACUUUUUUAAAAUGAUGAUUGUUUAAAGAAUGUAGAUGCAUAUUAUUUUUAUGAAGCCCUGCAGAUGUUCUAUUUUUAGGAAUGAAACUAAAGUCGAAGUUUUAGACUAAAGAUGAAAUAUCCCCAGAAAAAGUGUAGUCUGAAAGGAUGAACGUACAGUAUCUUUCUUCCUGUUGCUCCUGUACCCCAGUCAUGGACUGUAAAAGAUGUAUUUAAAUGUCACAGGUAUCUCUGGUCUUCAUUUUGAUACUGUUGUGCUAAUUUGAAGUGAAAGUCUGUUUAUUCCCCUUUUAAAUGUAGCCACAUUUGUAAGGAAAUGCAUUUGUGGGAUGA